AUGGAGAAGGUGGAGGCGGAUCGGGAGGAGCCGGCGGGGCGCAUGCUGGGCGGGGCUCCCCAGGGCGCCCCGGCCGGUGGCGGCAGGGGCCACCGCGCAGGCAGCCAAGAUUGCUCACCACCUGCAGCGUCUUUUCGGAGGAGGCGGCUGGCACGGAGGCCGGGCUACAUGAGAAGCGCAGCUGGGCCCAGGAUCGGGUUCCUCUCCCUGCCAGUGGGCGCUCCGUUCCGGGCCCAGGGAGGGGCAUGUGGCAAGGAGUCUCACCACCCUGAGUCCAGGGCCGGCCCGUGUGGCCUUGACCCUGGAGGCCAGUGGCGAGGUUGCUCAGUUGGGAGCCUCAUUCCCAGGAGCACGGCCACCUUGGCUCUGACCGUGGGGCACCGAGGAUCGGCUCUGACGGCCGUGAGAGGAAGCCCAGGGCUCCUUGGGGCUCAGCCCCGAGCUGGCACUGCCCUGCCCAAUAGGCUCAGCAAGCUGAGUGGCCCCAGGGCCACUGGCUGUCGAGGGGAGCUGCCGUCCAUGGACACUCGCGAGGCCCCGAGUCCUUGCCGGGAAGCCUGGAACAAAGGCUGUCCAUCCCCGGAGGACAUGAGUGACACCAGCUGCAGCCUUGGAAGUGGCCCCCAGGCACCCUCCGUCCCUGCCAGCUCUCAGGACGUCUUUACCUCCAGCUUUAGUUUCAUUCGCCUCUCCUUGGGCUCUGCUGGGGAACGGGGAGAAGCAGAAGGCUGCCCACCCUCCAGAGAGGCUGAGGGCCCUCAUCAGAGCCUGGAGGAGAUGGAGGCCAAGGCUGCCAGCUUGGGUGGACCCCACGAUCACCCUCGGCUCCUCUCUCUCCCCUUCACUCUCAAGGCUUCUCAGGGCCUGGCAGAUGCUGCCCAGACCGUGGGGGGCAGCCCUGGGCUGGAGUGCCAGACUCUUCCGUUGUUGGACACAGAUGCUGCCUCCUCCUGCUCCCUGGAUCCCUUGUGGUUUGAAGCCAGCAGCUCUGCGGAUGCUCACCAGUGGGACCCGCUGCUCAGCAGAUGUGAGCCAGCGCUGCUGCACUGCCUGCAGGGCCAGCGGAGGCGGCUGGAGGUAAAAUCCUUAAGAUUAAAGCUUCAGAAACUUCAAGAUAAAGCGAUUGAAGAUGAUGAUUAUGAUAAGGCCGAGAUGAUCCAACAAAGGUUAGAAGCCCUGGAGAAGGAGAGAAGCAGCCUGCACUUUCAGCUUCCUUCUCAACAGCCUGCCCUCAGCGGCCUCCUGGGCCACCUGGGGGCCCAGGCCCAGGCUUCCCUGCGCUGGGCAGCUCAGCGAGCUGGCAGUGACGACCCCCAAGCCCGGCUGAGAAUGGAUCCAAAGACGCUGGAAGCCGCUGCUCAGGACAGUUUGCGAGUGUCCAUCACCAGGCGAGACUGGCUUCUCCGAGAAAAGCAGCAGCUACAGAAAGAAAUUGAGACCCUCCAAGCCAGGAUGUCUGUUCUGGAAGCAAAAGAUCAACAGCUGAGACGGGAAAUUGAGGAGCAGGAGCGGCUUCUCCCGUGGCAGGGCUGCGACCUUGUGGGAGGAUUGUCCCUGGGCGAGCUGCAGGAGGUCACCAAGACCUUGCAGGACACCCUGGCCUUGGCCGAGCAGAUUCCCCUCCGUGCAGAGCCACCUGAAGCCAUCCGGAGCCUCCAGGACAGGAUAAAGUCCCUCAGCUUGUCACUUAAAGAAAUCACUGCUAAGGUGUGUAUGAGUGAAAGACUCUGCAGUGCCCUGAGAAAGAAGGUUAACGAUAUUGAAACCCAACUGCCAGCACUGUUUGAAGCCAAAAUGCUUGCCAUCUCAGGAAACCAUUUCUGUACAGCCAAGGAGUUCACAGAGGAGAUCAGAUCAUUAACGCUGGAGAGGGAAGGGCUGGAGGGGCUUCUCCACAAGCUGUUGGUACUGAGUUCCAGGAACGUCCAAAAGCUGGGAAGUGUGAAAGAAGAUUACAGCAGACUCAGGCAAGAACUGGACCAGGGGAGAGCUGCCUAUGAAACCAGUGUGAAGGUCAAUACUAUGAAGUACAUGGAAAUGCUUGAGGAGAAACUGCACAGCUGCAAGUGUCCGCUGCUUGGAAAAGUGUGGGAAGCUGACUUGGAAGCUUGUCGGUUGCUUAUCCAGAGCUUGCAGCUCCAGGAGGCCAGGGGCAGCCUGUUUGCAGAUGAGAGACAGACGGAUGACUUAGGGGGAGGUACUUAUACAAUGGCUCUGGCCAGCCCCCCGAGGUCCCAUCCUGAAGAGGAAAGGAAGACCCCUUUGCAAGCCUUUGAAGAGUGGACGGUGCACCUGACCCCCUCUCCUCACAGUGCUAGCAGUGAACAGAAAGAGGAAUCUUACAUCUUUUCAGCGGAACUUGGAGAAAAAUGUGAAACCAUAGGCAAGAAGCUAUUGUACUUAGAAGAUCAGCUGCACAUGGCAAUCCACAGUCAUGAUGAAGAUCUCAUUCAGUCUCUCAAGGGGGAGCUCCAGAUGGUGAAGGAAACUCUCCAGGCCAUGGCCCUGCAGCUCCAGCCAGCAAAGGAGGCGGGGGAGAGGGAGGCUGCAGCUUCCUGUGUGACAGCUGGCGUCCGGGAAGCACAGUCCUGA